AUGGCUGCAGGUUCACCCGUGCUUCAAGUUCCCUUUGGCUCCCAUCAAAAGACCUCCGGCGAGCCAACCAGGACCCAGAAUAUUUCUUACUCCUGCUGUUCAUAUGCAGUUAAUGGAGAAGACACACCUUCAUCUCCGUCUCAGGUUGCUGCCAGACCCAAAAAUACACCAGCUCCAAAACCACUUGCAUCUGAGCCUGCCAGUGGCAGUGUUAAUGGAGAAUCAUCCUCAUCUGCACUAGUGGAUGAUCAAUGCACCACGAGGACUGCAAUAGUGUCUGAAGAAACCACCAUGGCUUCAGAUUGCAUUAGUACUACUGUCGAAGACCCUUUAGUUCAAGAAACACCAACUUCCUCAGAAAACAAUGAAUGUAUUCCUUCUACCAGUGCAGCACUGGAAUCUGAAGCUAGAAGUACCUUAGACCCUGUCACCUCUACUUCUGGAAAUGGUUCUGCCUUUGAAGCAGCCAAAAUAAGACAGUCCGAUGGCUCUGUGGAACCUUUACGGCAACAGCCUGGAAACACCAACACAGAAACUCUACCCUCAGGGUGGGAGCAGAGAAAAGAUCCUCAUGGUAGAACCUAUUAUGUGGAUCAUAACACCCGAACGACCACGUGGGAGCGACUACAGCCUUUACCUCCAGGUUGGGAGAGGAGAGUUGAUGAUCGUGGAAGAGUUUAUUAUGUGGAUCAUAACACUAGAACAACAACAUGGCAGCGACCAACCAUGGAGUCUGUCCGUAACUUUGAACAGUGGCAGUCUCAGCGGAACCAACUGCAGGGAGCUAUGCAACAGUUCAACCAACGAUACCUCUAUUCGGCUUCUAUGUUAGCUGCGGAAAAUGACCCAUAUGGGCCUUUGCCACCAGGCUGGGAAAAAAGGGUAGAUUCAACGGACAGGGUUUACUUUGUGAAUCAUAAUACAAAAACAACCCAGUGGGAAGACCCAAGAACUCAAGGCCUACAGAAUGAAGAACCCCUGCCAGAAGGCUGGGAAAUCAGGUACACACGAGAAGGUGUUCGAUACUUUGUCGAUCAUAACACAAGAACAACAACAUUUAAAGACCCUCGGAAUGGGAAGUCAUCUGUGACUAAAGGUGGUCCACAAAUCGCUUGCGAACGCAGCUUUAGGUGGAAACUUGCUCACUUCCGUUAUUUGUGCCAAUCUAAUGCACUACCCAGUCAUGUGAAGAUCAACGUGUCCCGCCAGACAUUGUUUGAAGAUUCCUUCCAACAGAUUAUGGCAUUAAAACCAUAUGACUUGAGGAGGCGAUUAUAUAUAAUAUUUCGAGGAGAAGAAGGACUUGAUUAUGGUGGUUUAGCAAGAGAAUGGUUUUUCUUACUUUCCCAUGAAGUUCUGAAACCUAUGUAUUGUUUAUUUGAGUACGCUGGCAAGAACAACUACUGCCUGCAGAUUAACCCUGCGUCAACCAUUAAUCCCGAUCAUCUUUCAUACUUCUGUUUCAUUGGUCGCUUUAUCGCUAUGGCACUUUUCCAUGGAAAGUUUAUUGAUAUUGGUUUCUCGUUACCAUUCUACAAGCGUAUGCUAAGAGAGACUCACUUUCACAGCUGGCGUGCUGAAGUACUAGGUAGAGAACUGCCUUCAAAGCCCCCUGGAAAGAAACUGCUCAAGUUGGAGCACCUGGUUGCACACCACUCUGUGACAAAAGAGGACAAUAGACUUUAG